AAGUAAAGAAAGACGUUUGGAGACUUAAUAAUAUGAUUAAUUAUUUUGCUAAAUAAAGUAAAGUAGCAGAUUCAUGAGCAUAUGAGAAUGGCACAGUCCUUGAUCGCUGCGACACUGAGCCAGCAAGUGUUUAAAAGGGGCGUUAGCGUCGUGUCCACUCCCUCUUCUUCCGCUUCUGCUUUUAGAUCUCGUUCUUUUUCGUUCCUUCUUUUCUCUCAGAGAAGCCGCAAGAACCCUCUCACCGCGUCUUUGUCUUUCUCUUCUCAAACCGCCAUGGGUGAAACUCCUGUUGCCGCCGAUUCAGGCAUGGACGCCGUUCAACGCCGCCUCAUGUUCGAAGACGAAUGCAUUUUAGUGGAUGAGAAUGACCGUGUGGUUGGUCAUGAAUCCAAAUACAAUUGUCACUUGAUGGAAAAGAUUGAGUCUGAAAAUUUGCUGCAUAGAGCUUUUAGUGUAUUCCUGUUCAACUCAAAGUAUGAGUUGCUUCUUCAGCAACGAUCUGCAACAAAGGUAACAUUCCCUCUGGUGUGGACAAACACCUGCUGCAGCCAUCCACUGUACCGUGAAUCUGAGCUUAUAGAGGAGAAUGCCCUCGGAGUAAGAAAUGCAGCUCAGAGGAAGCUUUUGGAUGAGCUUGGUAUUCCUGCUGAAGAUAUACCCGUAGAUCAGUUCACCCCAUUGGGUCGCAUGCUUUACAAGGCACCUUCUGAUGGCAAAUGGGGAGAGCAUGAACUGGAUUAUCUGUUGUUUAUUGUCCGGGAUGUUAACUUUCAUCCAAAUCCUGAUGAAGUGGCUGAUGUCAAAUAUGUGAACCGUGAUCAGUUGAAGGAGCUGUUGAGGAAAGCUGAUGCGGGUGAGGAAGGUUUGAAGCUGUCCCCUUGGUUCAGACUAGUUGUGGACAAUUUCUUAUUCAAGUGGUGGGAACAUGUUGAGCGAGGAACUCUCGGGGAGGUCGCUGACAUGAAAACCAUUCACAAGUUGACAUAAAAUCAAGAGAGCUUGCAGCAUCGUAAUGAGGGGUAGCUAUAUUUUAAGCAAAUAAAAUUGGACCUGAUUGAGCAGUGUUGAAUGUUAAUCUUGUCUGUUAUUUUGAUAAUAGCCAAAACAUUAAUGUCCGGGUGUAUCAUAUAACCAGCAGAAAUUUUAUUGUCAAAUUUAGCAUUUUGGGAUGCGUGCGAGUGCUCAAUGAUGGAACUCUCUUAA